CUUUUUGUAUAUAUAUGUAUAAUUAUAUAUACGCAUGUAUGUACAGUGUUUUUUUUUUUUUUGGUUGAGUUUUCUCGCUCAUUUUCUUUCUUUUCGUUCCUCUAGUGUGAUUUUGAUUCAUUAACUUCUCCGACUUCCAUUCUCAUAACCAGUCGUUGUCAUGGAUUUGAUAAACAAAUAAAACUCCUACUUCUAUUUGAUCUCUCUCUCUCUCUCUCUCUCUCUCUCUCUAGGGUUUUUAGUCGAACUCCUGCACUCAACGACACGGUCGAAGAUACAAGUACACCAUAAACUCCUAUCUCUGUAGAUUUCACCUAAUUGUACGAAAAAAAAAUUCUUGUUUCCUUUUUCGCGCUUUAAAAUAAUUGUUGAAAGGCGUCGAGUUUCUACCUGCUGCUCGGCACGCAUGUGGAAGCUCCAGUGCGAAUUCGUGGUCGAUUGCAUUGCCAAUUGAGCAUAGCAGUGCACUGGCAAAUGUUGUUUGGCGCAAGUUAAAUGAUUGCCAGCAUGGACCUAAAUGCCUUGCCGCUGCCAGAAGAAGACGAAGACCCUUUUGAGCCACCGUUUGAAGAAGUAACUGCACCAGAGCAUAAAAUAGGACAUGUAGAGCAUAUAGAGUCUGCUGUUGAAAUCGCCCGUCGGGAGCGUGAAGAAAGACGUCAGCGACUCAAAAGAGAACGCCCAGAUGACAGACCAACUCAUGCACCUCAGCCACUUAUAUAUGAUCAAAUGUACGAGAAAAACCAUAGACCUUAUGACAGAAAUAAGCUUCCCCCCGGUUGGUUGGGUUGUCCUGCAUUUGGCCAGGAAAUAGGUUGCAUGAUUCCUUCUAAAGUUCCGCUGAGCGAAUCCUUCAAUGACUCUGUUCCUCCUGGUAAAAGAUACUCUUUCAAGCAAGUGAUUCAUCAACAGAGAGUUUUGGGGAGAACACUUGGUUUAGUGAUCGAUCUUACAAAUACUAGUCGUUACUAUUCAGCAUCAGAUUGGAAGAAUGAAGGUAUUAAGUAUGUUAAGAUUCAGUGCAAAGGGCGUGAUUCUGUACCUGACAACGAGGCUGUAAAUUGCUUCGUUUAUGAGAUUGCACAAUUUGUCUCCCGUCAGAAGCACUCGAAGAAAUAUGUUCUUGUCCAUUGCACACAUGGGCAUAACCGAACAGGGUAUAUGAUUGUUCACUAUCUCAUGCGGUCACUAUCCAUGUCUGUCACACAGGCAAUUAGGUGUUUUGCUGAUGCUCGCCCGCCAGGAAUCUACAAACCAGACUAUGUUGAUGCCUUAUACAACUUCUAUCAUGAAAGAAAGCCGGAAAUGGCUGUUUGCCCUUCAACUCCGGAGUGGAAAAGAUCUUGUGAUCUUGAUCUUAAUGGUGAAGCGAUGCCGGAUGAAGAUGACGAUGGAGAUUCUACUGCUCCUUUGCAUGAGAAUAAUGAGGUAGAUGCGGUAAUGACAAAUGAUGAUGUUUUGGGAGAUAGUAUACCUUUUGACCAGCAAGAGGCAUUGCGGCAGUUCUGCUAUAAAGCACUGAAAUUGGGUACAGGGGUAAGAGGAAACUCGCAAUUUCCAGGUUCACACCCAGUUUCACUUAACAGGGACAACCUACAGUUGUUAAGGCAACGCUAUUAUUAUGCAACAUGGAAAGCGGAUGGAACACGAUACAUGAUGCUAAUUACCAUGGAUGGUUGUUACUUAAUUGAUAGAAAUUUUAAUUUCCGAAGGGUCCAGAUGAGAUUUCCUUGCAAAAGCGGCAAUGAAGCUUUAGCUGAGAAGACUCACCACUAUACUUUACUCGAUGGGGAGAUGAUAAUUGAUACUUUGCCCGACUCACAGAAGCAGGAAAGAAGAUACCUGAUUUACGAUCUCAUGGCUGUUAAUCACGUCUCUGUUGUAGAGCGGCCCUUUAAUGAACGGUGGAAAAUGCUUGAGAGAGAAGUGAUCGAACCUCGGAACUACGAACGCCAACAUAUAUACCAGAGUAGGAAUCUGAAUUACAGAUAUGACUUGGAACCAUUCAGGGUUAGGAGAAAGGAUUUUUGGUUGCUCUCUACUGUUAACAAGCUUUUGAAGGAAUUCAUUCCAAGGCUUUCACAUGAGGCAGACGGUCUCAUUUUUCAGGGCUGGGAUGACCCCUAUGUUCCACGAACGCAUGAAGGCCUCUUAAAGUGGAAAUAUCCCGAAAUGAACUCAGUUGACUUUCUGUUUGAGAGGGUUGAUGAUCGCCAGCAACUGUUUUUGCAUGAACGAGGGAAGAAGAAGCUGAUGGAAGGGAACAGAGUCAAAUUUAGUGAUGAUUCUGAUCCUGCCUCUUUCUCGGGGAAGAUCAUCGAAUGUUCAUGGGUUUCAGAGGAAGACAUAUGGGUCUGUAUGCGUGUAAGGACAGAUAAAGCUACUCCGAAUGAUUUCAAUACCUACAAGAAGGUGAUGCGAAGCAUAAGGGAUAAUAUAACCGAGGAAGUGUUGUUGAAUGAGAUUCAUGAGAUUAUUCGCCUUCCCAUGUAUGCUGAUAGGAUACGUAAUGAUAGCAAGGCCCAUCACCACUCUAAUACAGCUCGGCGUAGGUGAGAAGCAAAUGAGGAACAACCGUAGUCAAGAUAUUGAAGACUGGUUUUACGGCCAUAUUUUCAGAAACAGUCACCAAGAUUAGGAUGUAAUUACCAAUUAGGUACCUUAGUUAGAUAGCCUUGUAACGUGUGCUACGCUGGUGAGAUGUAUGAUCCAGUUGGUACACUUUAGUCAGUAGUCCUUGAUGUUAGGCCUAUUGGGACUUUUCUUUUUAAUACUAGCAAUAGGAUCAGUGUGUACAUAACUAGCAUUAUCAAGUUGUUCUCUUCUUUACUUAGUCGUUAGUCGUCUGUAAGUUGUCUAAAAGUUAGCCAUUUUCAAGAGCCUAAGCUUCAUUAAGAAGUUUUCACACAACUUCCACCUGUGAAUAUAAUUCCGACGAAACUCCAAGUAGUUUCUCCUUUUUUUACCGUUGUCUAAACUUCUCAGGAAAAGACUAA